GAAGAGACACCAGGCCUCCUCAGUCUGGAACCACAGUGGAGAUGAUCUUCUAAACAAAUCCCCCCUUCCGAACUGGGGAUGUGGGGCUUUGAAACUUAAAAAUGCAAGGUCUGAAAGAAAAGAAAGAGCCAGUCCAGCAACACACAGGGCUCUGUGUAUUCAGAGGGAAGUUGGCAGGGCUGAGUUCGGGCAGAGAAACUCUGAGUGGUACAAAGGGACGUGCCCAGAGUGGAGAAAUCAUGCUAAUUGUUUGCACCAGAGCUGGAGAACGCCACCCAAAAUGAAGAGAGAAAGGGGAGCCCCGUGCAGAGCCCUCAGUGCCCUGCGCCUUGCUCCUUUUGUCUACCUUCUUCUCAUCCAGACAGAGCCCCUGGUGGGCGUGAACAUCACCAGUCCUGUGCGCCUGAUCCAUGGCACGGUGGGGAAGGAAGCCCUGCUCUCAGUACAGUACAGCAGCACCAGCAGCGACAAGCCUGUGGUGAAGUGGCAGCUGAAGCGCGACAAGCCGGUGACUGUCGUGCAGUCCAUCGGCACAGAGGUCAUCGGCACCCUGCGGCCUGACUACCGAGACCGCAUCCGCCUCUUUGACAAUGGCUCCCUGCUGCUCAGCGACCUGCAGUUGGCCGACGAGGGCACCUAUGAGGUGGAGAUCUCCAUCACCGAUGACACUUUCACUGGGGAGAAGACCAUCAACCUCACUGUGGAUGUGCCCAUCUCCAGGCCGCAAGUGCUGGUGGCCUCGACCACAGUGCUGGAGCUGAGCGAGGCCUUCACCCUGAACUGCUCGCACGACAACGGCACCAAGCCCAGCUACACGUGGCUCAAGGGGGGCAAGCCCCUCCUCAACGACUCGCGGAUGCUUCUGUCACCAGACCAGCGCUUGCUCACCAUCACCCGCGUGCUUAUGGACGACGACGACCUGUACAGCUGCGCGGUGGAGAACCCCAUCAGCCAGGGCCGCAGCCCGCCUGUCAAGAUCACCGUGUACCGAAGAAGUUCCCUCUACAUCAUCCUGUCCACAGGCGGCAUUUUCCUCCUGGUGACCCUGGUGACCGUCUGUGCUUGCUGGAAGCCUUCCAAAAAGUCUAGGAAGAAGCGGAAGCUGGAGCAGCAGAACUCACUAGAGUACAUGGACCAGAGCGAAGAGCGUCUGAAGGCAGAGGGUGAGGUGCCCGCUGCCCACUCACCCAUCCCAUCACCACUCCGGCCAGUGGGCUGCUGGGAGAAGGCAGAAUUGGGCGACAAGGACUCUGGCUCGGGAGCGCCCCAUCCUCCCCCGAGUGGCCCCCGCAGACUACAGAGCAGGGAGAGGUGCGGCCAAGCAGAUAGCUUGGGCCGCAGCACAGAGCAGGAACGCAAGAACCCCCUGGCCUUGUACCUCCUCAAGGAUAAGGACCCUGCGGAGCUGGAGGAGACCCCGAACCCGGAGCCUCGUGGAACCCCGGAGCCUGGCCCGCCCGGCUACUCUGUGUCCCCGGCCGUCCCUGGCCGCUCCCCCGGGCUGCCCAUGCGCUCGGCCCGCCGCUACCCUCGCUCACCCGCGCGCUCGCCUGCUGCCCCACGCACACACACGUCGCCACCCCGUGCACCUAACUCGCCGGCUCGCUCGCGUGCACUGCGGACUGUGGGCCCGCACUUGACCCGCGAACAAGAUGAAGGGGGUGCCGUGGAGAUCAGUGCCUGAGUGGUGAUGGGGGCCAGGGG